GCGUAAACAAUAGAUAUUAAUAAUAUAUUUUCGGCCAUUGUCGAAGCGGCUAUUGUUCGAUGCAAGAUUAUCGAAUGCGAAAUUGCUUUUGGAAAAUAAGUUUAAUGUGUUCUGAUUAUAAAAUGGACUUAAAUAAUACAAGUGAACACCCUACAAUUAAUGAUGAUGUUGGUGAGGAAGAUGCUUUUAUAAAUAUAGUGAAUAGUAUCAUCCAAUUAACAUCUGCCAUUAAUGUUGAUUUUCCGGGAGAAACAGAAUUGCCUUCUUCUGAUUCCGAUGAUGAAGAGGAAGAUGAUUUCUGGUUUUUGGAAAGUACUCGGUCAGAAAACAGACCUUUGAAGAAGGAGUUUGUAUUUUUAGAGGAGCAUUCAUUAGUGAAAAAAAUAAUAUAUGAAGAAAACGAAGAAGUGGAGGUGUUGGUUGAAGAAAAGAAUAAAAAGAGAGAGAUGACGGUAGAAAAUAAACAGUUGAAAGAAUUAAUUCAAGUGGAUAAGAGAAGAAAAACUGAUGAUAGAUUUGCAUACGAAAGUCAAUCAAAUGAUGAUAAUGAAGAAACAACCAAAUGUUUCGGUGGUUUUGUGGAAUUUUUCCGCAGAUUUAAGUCUAUCAUCUGCUCUUGUUUAAAAAGUAAAAAGUAAAAUAACAGAAUGUAGACCUUCGUCUACAUUUUUUUUGUUCAGCUGAAAAAAAGGAAAAAAAUGUUAAAUUUUUAAAAAUAUUAUUAGAAAAAUUUAUUGUUCUUACAAUUAUAACGAAGGCAGAUUACAAAAUUUACUUGUUCAAAAUAUUUGGUGUGCAACUUUAAUCGGCAGGCGCCCUGGUAUCAUCUGCUCUGUACUUUCGGCCCAAUUAUCAAUGCUUAAUAAUAACAGAGCAAAAUAUAAUUACUAUUGCAUUCGGUUGAAAUUUUAUGGAAAAGUUUAAAAAAAAUUCGAAUGAAGUAAAAAUGAAA